AUGACAUCGUUGAGAAGCUGGUACUCAGCUCUCAGCGAUGAUGUGGCACCGUGGUCAUUAAUCGGGCGGUCUGACCAAGCAAAGCUUAAGGCGAUUUCGGCCUUUAGGUCAGCGGAACAGCUAAAUAAGGAAACUGUUCAAGAGAACCCAUCCUUAGAAGAAGAAGAAGAGAUCAUUCAAGAGCUAGAACAAACUCUUGUUAAUCAAGAAGAAGUUGUUGUUAAAGAGCUGGUUCAAGCUCUUGUAACUCAGGAGAAUGAAAUUUUUGUGGAGACUAUUCAAACUACAAAUGAAAAAGAGGUUGUGAUAUCCCCUAUUGUCAGAACAGAGGAAGUUCAAGAAAAAGAGGUUGAAGGAAAUCUGUAUGAUAGAUUUCAAAGAGUAGAAAGGGAGAUGGAAAAAGAAGAGCGGAAUAAAACUGAAAAUGAGUUAGAGAAGGGUGAACCCGAGAAAUCCCUGCAGAUUCACACCGAUGCUAAUCCCAUUCAGAACAGGGCAUCAGAAUCACAAGAUGAUUCAUCCAAUGAAGGAACCUCUACAGAUGGUACCAAGCUUCUGAAGUCGAUGACAUCUCUGCUUACCUCUCUUCAGACGAAUGUGAUAGCUAUGGGAUCACAUUUUUUCAGUCGUCAAUCGGAAAUGAUGAGUCUUGAAAGACAAAUCAAUCUUGAUAAUCAUUGUGAGGUCAUGGAAUCAAUGGAAUUAUACAAGAAUCAGCUAGUUGAAAUUCAAGGAAGCUUGGGAAGAACAUAUGGUGAAAGUACCAGAUCUAAGCGUGCUCCGACCAACGAUAAAAAUCCAAGGCCAACCAAAAGAGGAGGAGGUCGAAGCGGUGGUGAUCGUAGAGGCCGAAGCAGUAGUGGUGGUCGUGGUGGAAAAUCUGGUAGUGAUCGAGGACGUCGCACGAGUGGCGGUGAUCAUGGUGGGAGAUCUAGUGGAAGAGGUCGUGGUGGUCGUGCUCUUCCUCCUUUUCAAAACCUGCUAACUAGUGAAGGGAUGUGCUAUGAAGGAACUCGAUUCCCCAACGAUCCUCGAGUGAAAAGGUAA